GGACCUCAGCUGCGAGACCAGUAGAAAAAAAAAAAAAAAAAAAAAAAAGAAAAAAAAAAUCUCAACUGUCCGAAACGCACAGCAGCAAGCAACAACAGAGCACACAACUUCAAAAACUUGUGGAGAGAGGACUCAAAAACUUAGAGAGAGACAGAGACAGAAGCUUUCAAAUCUUUUUCGUAUAUAAUCUACCAUACCUCAAUUUCUAGAGAGAGAAACGAAAAAAAAGGUUCGAAAAGGGGCCGAAAAUUUUCUCUUCCGCUUUGUUCGCUUCCCAUUAUCGUCUUCUCCAGCGCCAAUUCAAAUUUGUUUAUCUGAAUUGCGGCUGAAAGUCCAAAGCUUGCGGUCCGGUUCGCUCCGAUCUGACACGCCGAGCCAGUUGCUGUUUGGCUCGGUUCUGUGUUGGAUGUCAUAGCGGAGGAGAUCGUUCGGUGAAAUCGAUAUGGCUCCACCAGUUAACAUUAUUGUGGGUUCUCAUGUCUGGGUUGAAGACCCAAAGGAAGCAUGGAUUGGUGGAGAAGUUUUCCGAAUUAAUGGUGAAGAAGUUCACAUACGUACCAAAAAUGGGAAAACGGUUGUUUCAAAUAUCUCAAAAGUCUUUCCUGAGGAUACUGAAGCUCCUCCUGGAGGUGUAGAUGACAUGACAAAGCUGUCAUAUUUGCAUGAACCAGGAGUUCUGAAUAAUUUGGCAGCCAGAUAUGAACUCAAUGAAAUAUAUACAUACACUGGAAAUAUUUUGAUUGCAGUAAAUCCGUUUCAAAGGUUACCACAUUUGUAUGACAUACAUAUGAUGGAACAAUAUAAAGGAGCCCAAUUUGGGGAGUUAAGCCCUCAUGUUUUUGCAAUUGCAGAUGUUGCAUACAGAGCAAUGAUCAACGAGGGAAAAAGCAAUUCAAUUCUGGUUAGUGGAGAGAGUGGUGCUGGUAAAACAGAGACGACAAAGAUGCUUAUGCGAUAUCUUGCAUACCUUGGAGGUCGAUCUGGUGUAGAAGGGCGGACAGUUGAACAGCAAGUUCUAGAAUCCAACCCAGUUCUUGAAGCAUUUGGAAAUGCUAAAACUGUCAGAAACAACAACUCCAGUCGGUUUGGUAAAUUCGUGGAGAUUCAAUUUGACAAGAAUGGGAGGAUCUCCGGGGCAGCCAUAAGGACUUAUUUGCUUGAAAGGUCUCGAGUUUGCCAAAUCUCAGAUCCUGAAAGAAACUAUCAUUGCUUUUACCUUCUUUGUGCUUCACCACCUGAGGAGAGAGAUAAAUUUAAGUUGGGAGACCCCAAACAAUUCCAUUACUUGAAUCAAUCCAGUUGCUAUGAGCUGGAUGGAAUAGAUGACGGUGAAGAAUAUCUUGCAACCCGAAGGGCUAUGGAUAUUGUUGGGAUCAGUGAGGAAGAGCAGGACGCAAUCUUUAUGGUAGUAGCUGCAAUUCUGCAUCUUGGCAAUGUUGAAUUUGCAAAGGGAGAGGAAAUUGACUCUUCUGUCAUUAAGGAUGAGAAGUCUAGAUUCCAUCUGAAUACGACAGCUGAGUUGCUUAAGUGUGAUCCUAAGAGUUUGGAAGAUGCUCUCAUUAAGCGUGUAAUGGUAACACCAGAAGAAAUCAUCACAAGGACUCUUGACCCUGUUUCUGCAUUGGCUAGCAGAGAUGCCUUAGCCAAAACUGUUUAUUCACGUUUGUUUGACUGGCUUGUGGAGAAAAUUAACUUCUCAAUUGGUCAAGAUCCAAACUCAAAGGCAUUGAUUGGAGUUCUUGAUAUUUAUGGGUUUGAGAGCUUUAAGUUCAAUAGUUUUGAGCAGUUCUGUAUCAAUUUUACAAAUGAGAAGUUGCAACAACAUUUCAAUCAGCAUGUCUUUAAGAUGGAACAGGAAGAAUAUACAAAAGAAGAAAUCAAUUGGAGCUACAUCGAGUUUGUUGAUAACCAAGAUGUAUUGGAUCUGAUUGAAAAGAAACCUGGAGGGAUAAUUGCACUUUUAGAUGAAGCCUGUAUGUUUCCUAAAUCCACACAUGAAACAUUCGCUCAGAAGUUAUACCAGACAUUUACAAAAAACAAGCGCUUUAUCAAACCGAAGCUUUCUCGUACUAGCUUUACCAUAUCUCACUAUGCAGGGGAGGUAACUUAUCUGGCUGAUCAGUUCCUUGAUAAAAACAAAGAUUAUGUGGUUGCAGAGCACCAGGAUCUGUUGUCAGCCUCCAAAUGCUCUUUUGUGGCAGGGCUAUUUCCUCCACUUCCAGAGGAAUCAUCCAAGUCAUCUAAGUUUUCAUCCAUUGGAUCACGCUUCAAGUUACAACUACAAUCUUUGAUGGAGACCUUGAAUUCAACAGAACCUCACUAUAUCAGAUGUGUGAAGCCGAACAGUGUCCUCAAGCCUGCCAUUUUUGAGAACUUUAACAUUAUACAACAAUUACGCUGUGGUGGUGUUCUUGAGGCAAUUAGGAUCAGCUGCGCUGGAUAUCCUACCCGACGUACAUUUUAUGAGUUUCUUCUCCGCUUUGGUGUUCUUGCUCCCGAAGUUUUGGAAGGAAACUGCGAGGACAAGGUUGCAUGUCAAAUGAUCCUGGAUAAACUGGGAUUGACUGGUUAUCAGAUAGGCAAGACAAAGGUCUUUCUAAGAGCUGGUCAGAUGGCUGAGUUGGAUGCAAGGAGAGCAGAGGUACUUGGAAAUGCAGCUAGAACUAUACAAAGGCAAAUUCGUACACAUGUUGCACGCAAAGAGUUCUUUGCAUUACGCAAAGCUGCCAUUCAAUUGCAAUCAUAUGUGAGAGGAACAUAUGCUCGUGAGAUAUUUGAGCAGCUGCGACAACAAGCAGCAGCUGUCAAGAUACAGAAAGAUUUCCGACGAUACAUUGCCAGGAAAUCCUACUUGACAGUACGAUUGUCUGCAAUCACAAUACAGACAGGGUUGAGGGCAAUGACUGCUCGAAAUGAAUUCAGAUUCAGAAAGCAAACUAAGGCUGCGAUUCUUGUCCAGACUCAUUUGCGUGGCCACGUAGCGUAUUCUUAUUAUAGGAGUCUCCAGAAAGCUGCAUUAUAUACUCAGUGUGGGUGGAGGCGUAGGGUUGCCCGGAGAGAGCUCAGAAAUCUCAAAAUGGCUGCAAGAGAAACGGGGGCCUUAAAAGAAGCUAAAGACAAACUAGAAAAGCGUGUGGAAGAACUUACAUGGCGCUUACAACUUGAGAAGCGAUUAAGGACUGAUUUAGAAGAGGAAAAAACCCAAGAAACUGCUAAGUUGCAAGAAGCUUUGCAUGCAAUGCAAAUACAAAUACAAGAGGCAAAUGCCAGAGCAAUUAGAGAACGAGAAGAACUCGAGAAAGCUAUUAAAGAAGCACCUCCUGUCAUUAAGGAGACUCCUGUUAUAAUUCAAGACACUGAAAAAAUCAACUCUUUAUCAGCUGAGGUGGAGAGUUUGAAGGCCUUGUUGCUCUCGGAAAGACAGGCAGCGGAGGAGGCAAGGAAAGCUUCUAUUGAUGCUGAGGCUAGAAAUGCAGAGCUGGUCAAACAAUUUGAAGAUUCAUGCAGAAAAAUGGAUCAGCUUCAGGAAUCUGUACAGAGGCUAGAGGAGAAACUUUCUAACACAGAGUCGGAAAAUCAAGUACUUCGUCAACAAGCAUUGACUAUGUCACCGACUGGAAAGUCUCUAUCGUCAAGAUCAAAGACAGUGAUUAUUCAGAGGACAUCAGAGAAUGGGAAUCAUCUAAAUGGAGAAUCCAAGGUCACAUCGGAAAUGACUCUUGCCCUACCAAAUGCACGCGAACCUGAGUCAGAGGAAAAACCACAGAAAUCUCUGAAUGAAAAGCAGCUGGAGAACCAGGACUUGCUGGUCAAAUGCAUAUCACAAGAUUUGGGUUUUUUCGGGGGAAGACCAAUUGCUGCUUGUGUCAUAUACAAAUGUCUUCUUCACUGGAGGUCCUUUGAAGUGGAAAGGACUGGAAUUUUCGACCGUGUAAUUCAAACAAUAGCUUCAGCCAUAGAGGUCCCGGAUAAUAAUGACGUAUUAGCUUAUUGGUUAUCCAAUACCUCAACUUUAUUAUUGCUGCUCCAACACACACUUAAGGCAAGUGGAGCAGCUAGCUUGACACCACAACGGCGGAGAACGUCAUCAGCAUCUCUUUUUGGAAGGAUGUCUCAGGGGUUACGGGCUUCUCCUCAAAGUGGGGGGCUCUCAUUUAUUACCGGUCGAGGACUUGGUAGACUGGAUGACUUACGGCAAGUUGAGGCCAAGUAUCCUGCAUUAUUGUUUAAGCAGCAGCUUACUGCCUUCCUUGAGAAGAUAUAUGGAAUGAUAAGAGACAAUUUGAAGAAGGAGAUAUCACCAUUACUCGGAUUAUGUAUCCAGGCCCCCAGGACAUCACGGGCAAGUUUAGUGAAAGGACGUGCCCAAGCUAAUGCUGUCGCUCAGCAAGCUUUAAUUGCUCAUUGGCAAAGCAUUGUGAAAAGCUUGGACAGUUGUUUGAAGACAAUGAAAGCAAAUUAUGUGCCUCCCUUCUUGGUGCGCAAGGUGUUCACUCAGAUAUUUUCAUUCAUCAAUGUCCAGCUAUUCAAUAGUCUUCUUUUGCGGCGCGAGUGUUGUUCAUUCAGUAAUGGGGAGAUGUAUGUAAAAGCGGGUUUGGCUGAAUUAGAACAGUGGUGCUACGGGGCAGGCGAGGAAUACGCAGGCUCAGCUUGGGAUGAACUGAAGCAUAUUAGGCAGGCUGUUGGAUUCCUUGUUAUACAUCAGAAACCAAAGAAGACCUUGAAUGAAAUAACGAAAGAACUGUGCCCGGUGCUUAGCAUACAGCAGUUAUACAGGAUCAGUACAAUGUACUGGGAUGACAAAUACGGUACACACAGUGUUUCGUCAGAUGUUAUUUCAAGCAUGAGAGUUCUAAUGACCGAGGACUCCAACAAUGCUGUGAGCAGCUCUUUCCUGUUAGAUGACGACUCAAGCAUACCAUUCUCGGUGGACGACAUCUCAAAGUCAAUGCAACAAGUAGACAUAACCGACAUUGAACCUCCACCGUUGAUUCGUGAAAACUCUGGGUUUGGCUUCUUACUCCCUCGGUCUGACUGAUGUUCGUGAUCAUGGUCUCUCAUCUCUAAUCAGGUUUCAUGGUUAUAUCGAAAGACACAUAGCAAGUCCAUUGAUAUGCUGAAACCUGUGCAUACAGUUUCAUUGUAAUCGUCAACCUUUUGUGUACAGUGCUUGUUUUAUCUGCUCAUGCUAUCAAUCUUGGUUCUGAUGGCUGAGUCAGUUCAUUCUUUCCCUCAAGUUUUGUCAACAUGAGGGUAUUUUUCGUAGGCUGCCGUGUCACAAUUUAUGUGACGACGUGCCUGGAAACGGGCAUCGGCGCCCGGUAGCUUCUUGUUUGUUGGGUUUAAGGUCGUCUGCCGGUUUUUUGAGUGGAUUUGUAGGCCAUCAUUUGUUGUAUGUGGAAGCAAUUUGUAAUUAAAUUGGUGUAAUGUUUCGGUUUUAUUACUUGUAAUACUAGAUGGAAGCCGGUGUAUUAACAAGAUUACAGAAUAUAAAUGUAUUGGACUUUUAUUUUGUUUGAUA